AUGUCGGAACCCUCACUGGUCGAUAUCGAGAAUUGGCUCCUGAGAAGACGGCGAGUGGGUAUAGCCUGCAUACAGGAAACAAAAUGGAAGGGUGGAAAAUCACGCGAUAUCGGAGAUGGCUAUAAGCUCCUCUACAAUGGCACAAGCAGCAGUCGCAAUGGAGUAGGUGUAGCAGUCUCAGGAAAACUAAGAAGCAGGAUUGUCGCAGUUGACCGAUUAAGUGAUCAUGAGCAUAAAGAAUGA